AAACUAACGCUAACGAGUUGGCGUCGUAACCCAUAAACUCGAGUCCCAGUCUACGUAGAAGUUAGAAUAGCAUCACAACCGCAACAAGUACCAGAUGUCCUGCUACAUCCAACCAUUUUCUCCUCUCCUUACACCGCCCUUUUCUUCCCGCACAUUUUCUUCCCUCCGGACCGACCACCACCACCCCGCACUUCUUCACGAACAAAAUCAUUCGCCACCCCCUGCCAGUGCCGCUGCCGCCGCCACCGCCACCCCAUUACCAGUCCCACGCUCACAUUCUCAGGACUCAUGGGUCGAAUCCCUUCGCUUCCAAGCCCGGUCCAAUCUCUUCCGGGAAGCCAUAUUAACGUACGUCCAAAUGUUGACCCUCGCCGGUAUUUCACCCGACAACUUCGCUUUCCCGGCUGUCCUGAAGGCCGUGACCGCCCUUCAAGACUUGAAUCUUGGGAAACAGAUUCAUGCCCACGUUUUCAAAUUUGGAUAUGCUUCCACUUCUGUUACAGUGGCUAAUACCCUCGUUCAUAUGUAUGGGAAAUGUGGAGAUAUAGGGGACGUGUACAAGGUGUUCAACAGAAUGACUGACAGAGACGAAGUUUCUUGGAACUCCAUCAUCGCUUCACUGUGUCGGUUUCAGGAGUGGGAGCUUGCUUUGGAAGCGUUUCAAUUAAUGUUGUUUGAUAAUAUGGCACCUAGCUCAUUUACGUUGGUGAGCGUGGCGCUAGCUUGUUCAAAUUUUCCUAGGCAUGAUGGUUUACGGCUUGGUCAGCAGGUGCAUGCAUAUAGUUUGAGAACAGGAAAUUGGAGAACGUUUACCAACAAUGCUUUCAUGGCAAUGUAUGCUAAACUAGGAAGGGUUGCUGAUUCGCGAGCUUUAUUUGAGUUAUUUGAGGACCGUGAUAUGAUUUCAUGGAACACCAUGAUAAGUACUUUCACUCAAAACGAUCAUUUUCUAGAAGCAUUAUUUUUCUUAUGUCUCAUGGUUCUUGACGGAAUUAAACCUGAUGGGGUCACCUUUGCAAGCGUACUUCCUGCCUGCUCUCAUUUGGAAAUGUUAGAUAGAGGAAAGGAAAUUCAUGCUUAUGUCUUGAAGAAUACUAAUUUACCUGAGAAUUCUUUUGUGGGUAGUGCUUUGGUUGACAUGUAUUGCAACUGUCGACAAGUUGAAAGUGGUCGCAGAGUUUUUGAUGGUAUCUCAAAGCAGGGUAUUCCACUUUUUAAUGCUAUGAUUACUGGCUAUGCCCAAAAUGAGUAUGACGAGGAGGCCUUGAGCCUCUUCUUUCAAAUGGAAGCACUUGAUGGAAUUUAUCCAAAUGGCACGACAAUGUCAAGUGUGCUGCCAGCUUGUGUGCGAUGUGAUCUGUUCUCUGACCAGGAAGGUAUGCAUGGGUAUGUGAUAAAGAGGGGUUUGGAGAAGGAUAGGUAUGUGCAGAAUGCACUUAUGGACAUGUACUCCAGGAUGGGGAAUAUAGAAAUCUCAAAAUAUUUAUUUGACAGCAUGGAGGUAAGAGAUAUCGUGUCUUGGAACACGAUGAUCACUGGCUAUGUCAAUUAUGGAUGCCAUGAAAAUGCACUCCACCUGUUACAUGCCAUGAAAAAAGUAGAAGAAAAGAACAAAGAUGAUGAUUUUGAGGAUGUGAACAGGGUUUCUCCUAAGCCAAAUUCAGUAACGCUCAUGACAGUUCUGCCAGGUUGUGCUGCCCUUUCAGCACUAGCAAAGGGUAAAGAGAUCCAUGCUUAUGCCACCAGACGUUUUCUGGCAUCAGAUGUUGCAGUGGGUAGUGCACUCGUUGACAUGUAUGCAAAAUGUGGCUGCUUGAAUUUAUCUAGGGGAGUGUUUGAUCGAAUGCCCAUCAGGAAUGUGAUCACCUGGAAUGUUCUCAUCAUGGCUUAUGGGAUGCAUGGGAGAGGGGAGGAAGCCCUCGAACUAUUUAAGAAUAUGGCAGCAGAGGGAGACAAGAGUGGCAUUUUAAGGCCUAAUGAAGUUACAUUUAUUGCAAUAUUUGCUGCGUGUAGUCACUCUGGGAUGGUACGUGAAGGCCUACACUUAUUCCAUAGAAUGAAAGAGGACUAUGCGGUUGAACCUGCACCAGACCAUUAUGCUUGUGUGGUGGACUUGCUCGGCCGAGCUGGCCAACUGGAAGAAGCAUAUGAACUUAUCAAGAUGAUGCCUCCUGAAUUUGACAAAAGGGAUGCCUGGAGUAGCUUGCUGGGUGCUUGUCGAAUUCAUUGGAAUGUAGAAAUUGGGGAGAUUGCAGCUAAGAAUCUCUUCCAAUUGGAACCAAAUGUAGCUAGCCACUAUGUUCUACUGUCCAAUAUCUACUCUUCUGCCGGACACUGGGAAAAGGCAAUGGAGAUCCGUAAAAUGAUGCAGAAAAUGGGAGUAAGAAAAGAACCUGGGUGUAGUUGGUUCGAGUUUGGUGAUGAGGUUCACAAGUUUGUGGCUGGGGAUGCAUCGCACCCACAAAGUGAGCAGCUCCAUGGAUUUCUUGAAACCCUGUUAGAGAGGAUGAGAAAGGAGGGGUAUGUGCCUGAUACUUCUUGUGUGCUUCACAACGUUGAUGAAGAGGAGAAGGAAACUUUACUAUGUGGACACAGUGAGAAACUGGCAAUAGCUUUUGGUAUUCUUAACACCCGUCCCGGAACUACAAUUAGAGUUGCCAAGAACCUUAGAGUAUGUAAUGACUGCCAUGUUGCCACUAAGUUCAUCUCAAAGAUAGUAGACAGGGAGAUUAUUGUUAGAGAUGUGAGGAGGUUCCAUCAUUUUAGGAAUGGAACUUGUUCCUGUGGAGAUUACUGGUGACAAGUGCCGGAAUUCAAUUUCUCUUCUGAAAGAACCAACAAGAUUUGCUUAAAAUCCUAUGCUGUGUGGUACUGUUCAUAACAUUCGUUUUCAGAUUUUGAAAUUUAGUUUGUAACAAGUUAUACCAUGUAGAAAUUUCUUGAAAUUUCAUAUAUGUGUAUUUAUUGAUAAGGGAAUUUAUAUAGUAAAGCAGUUGGUCUUCAACUAUUAAUCA